GUAAACAAAAUAAUCAGAUACAAGCGAAACAGUUGUUUCUUGUUUGUAUCAACAUUUUUUCCUCUCCUCGCUUGAUCGAUGUUUCAUGUCGGAUCACUGUGCGCUGAUAAUUGUUUAAAAUGAAUAUGAUCCUGAUCUUCCUUUUAUCAUAUGCGGUCGUUUCCAAAGUCACAUCAUAUGACAACAUUGCUUUAGGAAAAACUGCACAGCAGCUCUAUCCCCUUUCUGACUCCAACUGGGGAGCUGAUAAAGCGGUGGACGGACAGAAAUCAGACUGUUCUGCUGCAGGGGGACAAUGCACGAUAUCCGCCUAUGCAGCACAAACAGCGAAGUGGUGGGUGGAUCUAGGAGGUGUCCUCAGUAUACGUUACUUAACUAUAUACUUCAGGACGGACAAUGUUGCCUGGGAUUCCAGUAACGGUUACACUACUCGAUUCCUUGGUUUCUCGGUAUAUAUAUCGAACACAACCAACAACGAUGACGGGGUACUGUGUUUUAAAGACACGAUGUACACCAGAGCCACAAUACCGAACCCGACAAACAUAACAUGUCCUAGACACGGACGUUACGUCAUUUACUAUAACGAGAGACUCCAGGGUGUUACCUAUCCUUCUGAAUAUUCUUCAUUCGCAUUCAAUGACCUAUGUGAAUUUGAAGUUUACGGUUGUUCAAGACCAGGCGUUUAUGGAGAGAACUGUGAUAUACCGUGUCCUCAGAACUGUCAGGAGAGACACUGUGACAUUGUGACUGGAACCUGUCUGGGGUGUAUUCCGGGAUAUAAGGGGUCUUUCUGCGAUCAACUCUGUGAUAAUAAGAAAUACGGCCUGGAGUGUAAACAGAACUGUGGUAACUGUAGCGAUGGGAUACAAUGCAAUCACGUGAACGGAAGUUGUCCGAACGGAUGUGACGUCGGAGCUCGAGGCGAUGAAUGCGAUGAAGAAUGUCCUUAUGGAUGGCAUGGGAAGAAUUGUGCUACACAGUGUAAUCCAAAUUGUAGAGGUUGUAACAGAUUUAAUGGCAGGUGCGAGUCUGGUUGUCUUCCGGGAUGGAAAGGAACAUUCUGCGAGAAAGAAUGUGACGGGAGAUUAUAUGGAGAGAACUGUACACAACACUGCGGUCAAUGUCGGAAUUUAGAACAGUGUCAUCACAUUAACGGAACAUGUUUAAACGGCUGUGACAGAGGAUAUCAAGGAGGAAUAUGUAUCGAAGAAUGUCCAAAGGGUCGCUAUGGUUACAACUGCCAAGAGAGAUGUAACAUCAACUGUGGAGUUCCUGAGAGAUGUGACAAAGGAACAGGGCAGUGUCAGAAUGAAUGUCAGGCGGGGUGGAAAAAUCACAAAUGUGAUUCAAAAUGCGAUGGUAAAACAUUUGGACUAGGCUGUACUAGAUCGUGUGGAGUUUGCUUGGGUAACGAACAAUGUCACCACGUGAACGGCACGUGCCGAAAUGGAUGCGACAGGGGUUAUGAAGGAAUCAGUUGUAUCCAAGAAUGUCCUACUGGUAGAUAUGGAGAGAACUGUGCUAUAGCCUGCUAUCCAAAUUGUAGAGGUUGUAACAGAUUUAAUGGCAGGUGCGAGUCUGGCUGUUUCCCGGGAUGGAAAGGGACAUUCUGCGAGAAAGAAUGCGAAGAGAGAAUGUAUGGCGAAAACUGUACCCGACCCUGCGGUCAAUGUCGGGAUUUAGAACAGUGUCAUCACAUUAAUGGAACAUGUUUAAAUGGCUGUAACAGAGGAUAUCAAGGCGGAGAAUGUACUGAAGAGUGUCUAGAAGGUUGGUUUGGUUACAACUGUGAAAAGAAAUGUAGCAUCCAAUGUGACAGUGUGACAGGCUUGUUAAUCGGGCAGUGUUCAGAUUCCAGUGCUAGCAGUCAACCAUCCCCAGCUCUGUACGGGACUGUGACAGGUUUAUGUCUUAGUGUUGUUCUUAACAUCUACUUCAUUAUUCGCUAUCUGAGAGAUAAGAAGCUUCAACCAAAAAACCAACAGAAGAACAAGAAAGAGCAGCUGUCUACAGAAGGCGAUACACCCAGUGCAACCAUUUACAACAACACAGAAGACGCUGGCGGCUACCAAGAGCUUGGUGAAUUGGGUCAACAAUCUCAUUAUGAUCAACUUAAGUAAUAUGUACUGAGAAAAAAUUAAGCAAUCCUAACCUGAAAUAGUCUGAUUUUGUGAAUUUGAAUCAGUCUCAUCACAAUGCUGAAGUCAAGUUAUUUGAAGUCGGGGGAAUUAAGUGAACAUCUUUUUUUUGUCAAUAUGUUGAGCUCAAGUAACCUGGAGUCAGGGAAAUAUUAUAAACCAAUCGUAUUAUCAUGUUAUCUUCAAAUAGCCUUCAGGCUGAGUUCCUGAAUGAAGUCAAUCCAAGUAGCUUCCUGUCGGAUAAUUAACUUAUCAUUGUUAAUAUAACUACCUCAAGUACACUGCACUUUAUUUCCUUAUCAAACUUAUGUCAACCUUUACGUUAUAAUUACGUGAAUUAACGUUGUUGUAAUAUUGAAGGCGGGAAUGGGAGUGUGGACAAUUGAGUCAGUUAUGUAACCACAUGGUGCACAUCUAGUAGCUGAAGAAGUCUGAUGCAAGGAAAGUUUAUCAACCAUUUCGUAUUCAUAUCCGUGACCAGGAUAUAUUUCAUAACUUUAAUUGACAAUAUAAAAUCAACAUCAAAUGACACUAUUACACUGGUAUAAACACAUACAUACAUACAUACACGAAUACAGAAUGGCAGACAUGCUUGCAUACAUACAAACAUACAUGCGCACACACGAAUGCAUAUAUACAUACAAUCAUACAACACACAUAUAUACACAUGUACAUACAUGCAUACAUUCAUGCAUACUGUAUCUAUGCAUGCAUGUUUGUAUUACAUACAUGCAUGCAUACAUACAACCUCACAUCUGUUAGAAGGAAAAUCAAUUGCAUAGUCAUAUAGAGCAGGGAGACCUUUACCAAAUUUGUAAAUUUCAUGACCUUCAUGAUAGAGGUUCUGACUGCAGGGUGGGACCAAAGUUGGUAGAUAGUGUUUAUGUGUAAAAUGUUUCAAUAGCAUUUUCUUUAAUGCUAUUGCUACCAAAAUUAAGACUAAAUAGAUAUCUAAAAGGAGCAGGUAACCCUUUACGACAUUGUAAAUUCCAUGAUCCCAGGAGUAGAGUUUUGGUUCCCGUGACAGGUUGGGCCAAAAUUAUUAUAAUCACUAAAUUGUAUUUACCAAUGUCAUAUACAGUUUAUAUUUCAACAUAGUUAACAGUUGUGAACAUUGUUGUCCAUCCAUAUCUGUAAUUUCCUUAUAGAAAAUGUAUCAUUUAAUUGUGUAAAAAUAAAGAAUAAUGUAUGAA